AUGGCAACACCAGUGGAACCUCCAAACGGGGUUAGGUCUGAAGGAAAACAUUACUACUCUAUGUGGCAGACGCUUUUUGAGAUUGAUACAAAAUAUGUCCUGAUCAAGCCCAUAGGUCGAGGUACCUAUGGCAUAGUGUGUUCUUCAGAUAAUAGAGAAACUAAUGAAAAGGUUGCUAUCAAGAAAAUUCACAAUGUCUUUGAAAAUCGUGUUGAUGCACUAAGAACUUUACGCGAACUGAAGCUUCUCCGGCAUCUCAGACAUGAAAAUGUGAUUGCUCUUAAAGAUGUCAUGCACCCUGUACAAAAGGGAAACUUCAAAGAUGUGUACUUGGUUUAUGAGCUUAUGGAUACGGAUUUGCAUCAGAUCGUCAAGUCCUCUCAAGCGCUUACAAACGACCAUUGCCAGUACUUCCUUUUCCAGGUAUUUUCCAAGGGUGGUUCCCAAAUACUUCUAAAAAGGUUAUUCAUUAGUUUUCUUUAUUUGGGUGCUAUAAUUUGUUUGAGAUCGUAUGCUGUGGGCCUUGAAUAG